AUGGCGGUGUGCUUAUUUAUAGAAAAACGGGUUCAAGCAUACUUUUCUCAAGAUCAGAUAAAAAAGGUUGACAUUCGCAGAGGUUUAUAUAAGGAUGAUAUUAUGAAUAAAGAUUACAGAGUUUCAGAUGCACAGAACACUGAUAACAUGAAAAUGUCUCCUACGCAUGAGGAUUGCAAAAAUAAGUACAGUCAAUCCCCAAAAACUGGUUGCAGCAGUGUCAGAAGUAGGAGCCGAAGCAGAAGCAGGAGCAAGAGCCCUCCGCGUAGUUUUCGGUGUGAUUCAAAACUCAAUCAUGGAAAUGGGAUGAGGGCUAGGGGAUUAACACUAGCAUGUAGAGAUUUUGCUUCUGGGAUGUGCAGAAGAGGCAGUCAAUGUCGUUUCCUUCACAGUGACAAUCAAAAGUUUGAUGACAGCUGGGUAAGUAGACAGAGGCAAGAUGGAUAUCUCAUAUAUUAUGCUCCCCUUGAGAGUGCGAACAAUUCUCGUACAACUGGAAGAUUUAAUGGAACUUGUAUCAAUUAUGCAAAAGGAAGUUGUAGAAUGGGAGCAUCAUGCAAGUAUGUGCAUCAUGAAAAUUCUAACCAGUUCAAUAAAGCUUCUGUGGUUGAAUCAACUAGGGAAAUGGAAAUUGAUAGAAGUUGCAUAACGAGUUCUUUAGAGCAAGGUGGUCGACGUGGUACAAACCAGAGUAGUGAUAAUCCUUGCAAAUUUUUUGCAUUUGGGAAUUGUCGAAAUGGUAACUAUUGUAGAUUUUCUCAUGAUAGGCAAGCAUGCUGGAGCCCAGAUAGAGGAGUCAGUGGUGGAGAUCAGGCUUUGGAUAGGCCAAAAUUGAGUGAUGAAGUUGGUCUCCAUGGAAGGCUAAUGAAUGAUAAAUGGGAUUUGGAUAGUAAUAUGGCUGAUGUAGAUAACAAAAAUGGAGUUAUGGGUGGCCCAGAAACUGCUAUUACUGCUUGUUCAUUUGGUGAUGGAUGGGGCCGUAACUUAGAUAAGAAUAAAGUGCAUGGUAAAACACUAUUUUCAAGUGAUAUGAAGGAAGCCAACAUUCACACUUCUCAGUCAGUAGGCAAAGAUAUUUGGCCUGAUAAUGAAAAAAUGUCUCCUGAUUGGAAUCAUGCCGUGAGACCUUCCAUCCAUAUUGAAGAAAAGCAUGAGCAGAGUAAGCAACAAGUUGCUCCAGGUAAUCCCGUGCUUGAUGUUCCACUUAUUAUGCAUCCUUGUCCGUAG